AAAUAUGCCGUAUCUAAAGGACGGUGGGGGACGAAUUAGUGUUAAUUAUAAAGAUAAAAAACUUGUACCUCUCGACUCGGAUAUAACCAACAUUUUGAAAUUGUGAGUUUUCAAUCCUGUUCCUUCUACGGAAGCAAUUGACUGACAUUUCGUAAAUUAAGGCCUGAAGGGGUGACGCUGUCUUGCAAGGAGUGCAGCAUUAAUGGAGACGUAGUUCUAUCGACGGGCUCAUUCUCAAUUACUAGCACCGAUGAUUCCGGCCUGGUCUCUACCCUUGCGUUCAUUAGCGAAGGACGAGUCGAUAUAGAAUUAAGCAGAGUCUUUGCUCGGAUGGAGCUUGAGCUGGCCUUAGAGGCUGGCAAGGAGCUGCUUAACUUCACUGUGCCAAUGCCUUCAGUCCCUCUUAGUCCGUUUACAGUGAGUGUUAGGUGUUAGUUCUUCAUAUAUGCCACUGAUUGUCCAUACUAACGAAUUAUAGAUCCCCCAAGUGGUUGAUUUUGGCGCCAUAUUGACCCCUCAGGUGUCUGUAGAGGUUGCUCUGAGCAAGCCAUUGAACUUCACUUACGGCGUGGACAUCUCGGUAUGUUAUACCUCCCCGCCAUGCUCAUUCAGACACUUGAGGGAUUAACAGCACUUAUCAUAACUAUCAGGUUCCAGAGGACUCCUUCAUCUCACUUAACUUUGGAUCUCCUGCAAACUCAACUAUCAAAGGGCUGUAGGUGAUAAUUCUUAGAAAGAUGCACCAAGAGCUAUAGGCUAAUAAGCUAUUAGUCAACAUACUACCUUCACGGAGAUCCCCUUCCAGUCCCCCCGGGCUAUCACCGAUCUAACUUUCUCUGUCAGCUUCUCACCGGAGAUCCUCUUCGGCAUGCGCUCUCCUACCGGAAUCAUUAGCGGUGGAGCUGGAGUGGUCUUUAACAUGCCCCAGGCGUCGGUGAAAGUCAGUCAGCUCGACGACGUCAACGAAGUCUGUGAAAAGAUCCCACAUGCUCCGGGGACUGAAGACGAUAUGACCAAGAAAGGCAGCCUCUCUGGCAAUUUCACGCAUGUUGAGCCAUCUCUCGAGUUCAACGUCGUCCCUUUUAUUGAAAUGCAGCUUGACCUACCUCGCGGCGAGGUUCGUCAGCAGCUUGAGGCCACUGUCACUUCUACACAGUUGAGUCUGCCCACUGCUUGUUUGGCCUUUGACCGGAAGAUGGGCACAUACGGUGUUCCAACCCAGGUUUUGGCAACCUCAACUGCCGAUCCAACUGCCACAGCUUCAGAGGCAAAGAAGGGGGCUGCUGGCCGAACCGGUGUUGCGAAUACAUGGUCAGUGGUGUGCAUCUCUGUCCUUGUAUCAGCGGUAUUUAUUGCUAUUUAGCUAUUAAGUGACGGUGUCUUAUCCCUUGCAUUUGGAUGUUGAUGUUCCGUAUUUAUAACUACCAUGUAUAUAGUUCGUUGCCUCUCUAAUAAUGACAAUGCUUCGCUUAGCUAAUAAUUAAUUAAUUACAUCUCUCGUAUCUGUGCAUCGCCAAACCCAUGCUUGCUGCAUCCAUCCUGACACCCUUCCCCUGUCAUCAAACAGGCAAUCCAGCACUCGUCUCAGGGGCAAACAUCGCCCCUCGCCCCUUU